AACCAAGCAGCCUAUAGGGCGAAAAGGGAGAUGCAUCUCUUUCAACUAGCUGAAUGGUCUCGCAUGAAAAAUCCGGAUUUGAUGGAUACGAUCAAGUAUCAGAUGGCUGGAACAAUAUAUCAAGUCCGUUUCCAUUGGGUACUGUCAAAUGCCAAAGACGUUCUGGAUAAAAAUGAAGCCAAUGACCCAAGCCGUAUUCCGAAGAAUUCGGAAGCCGGUGAAGCAUGGGCAUUAGUUGUUGAAAACAGUGCUCUUUUGUGCGAACUCGUUGUACGUUUCCCUGAAACUGUAAAUUCCCUGUUACUUCAACCAAAUAAUCACCAAAUAGUUGGAUGGGCAUUGGAUUUCCUCUUGGAAACCAAAUAUCCCAAUGACAAUGAUAAGAAGCUGAUCCAAUUUGCAAAAUAUGAGCUUCACUUGGCUCAACUGCCGGAGAGUUAUAGAAAUCCAUUCAGUGAAGAAAACCAAAGGGCUGUCAAGGAUAUCCUAGUAGAAUUGGAAAAGAAAAAGAAACGAAGUGAAGGCAGGCAACAGACUAGAAAACCUAAACUGUCACCUCGAGCAGACCUAUGA